ACCCAUUGUUUACAAAUCAACCGGAGCCGGCAGGAUUCCGGCUCCCGCGGCGGCAGUCGCGCGGCUGGAGUGCCUGGCGGGCUCCGGCUUCCGCGUCUGCGCCUACCCCGGCUUCGCCCGCAGCCCCGCGCCCGCGGGCAACCAAGUCCCCAGCGACGCCCGCACAGCUCCGGGUGUCAGGACGGGGGGCCAUGCCGUGCCGGAGGGAGGAGGAAGAGGAAGCCGGCGAGGAGGCGGAGGGGGAGGAAGAAGAGGAGGACAGCUUCCUCCUGCUGCAGCAGUCGGUGACGCUGGGCAGCUCGGGCGAGGUGGACCGGUUGGUGGCCCAGAUCGGCGAGACGCUGCAACUGGACGCGGCGCAGGACAGCCCGGCCUCGCCGUGCGCGCCCCCGGGGGCGCCGCUGCGGGCCCCGGGGUCCCUGGUUGCGGCGGUGCGGGCGGACAAGACCCGGCCCCCGGCGGUACCGCUGCUGCUGCCGCCUGCGUCGGCUGAAACCGUGGACCCGGCGCCCCCUGGGGCCCUGCGCUGCGCCCUGGGGGACCGCGGCCGCGUGCGGGGACGCGCCGCUCCCUACUGCGUGGCCGAGCUCGCCGCAGGCCCCAGCGCGCUGCCGGGGCCGUGCCGGCGAGGAUGGCUCAGGGACGCGGUCACCUCCCGCCGCCUGCAGCAGCGACGAUGGACCCAAGCCGGGGCACGCGCCGGCGACGACGACCCGCAUCGGCUCCUGCAGCAGCUGGUGCUUUCGGGAAACCUCAUCAAAGAAGCCGUGCGGCGGCUCCAACGAGCCGUCGCCGCGGUUGCAGCCACGGGCCCCGCAAGCGCCCCUGGGCCGGGGGGAGGCUGCAGCGGACCGGACCCCAUUGCCCUGCAGCCCUCAGGCUCCUUGCUCUGACCCAGGCCUCCUGGAGGAGAAAGUGGAGGCCGCUGCGUAGACCCAACAGCGUCCAGUUCCUACUAACUAUGAGCUGAAGCCGACGUCGCCAGCCUGGGAGCGACCACUUUGGCUGCGGGGAGGCGCGUGGGGAGAGAUCUCAA